UUUAUCAAGUGACAGCUAAAAGGAAAUAUAUUUUCUAAAGAAAAAAAAAACAAAAAUAUAUAAAUAUAUAGAAAUAAUAAGUGACAAAUUUAAAUGAUUAUUUUUCCAUUACUUUUAUUGUUUACUACAUUGCAGAAGAAAAAUAAGAUAAGUAAAAUUAGCUAAAAACUAAAAAAAAAAAUGUUGCUGAUGGAACGUAUACCAGAUCAAAUAGGAUAUUUAGUUCUUACUCAAGACGGAGCAGUACUUGCGUCUGGCGGUGAAUUAGAAAACGAUGAAAGAGCUGCUAACAUUAUAACUGGACUUGUAACUUUAACAGACAAAAUAGAUCCGAAAACACUAACAACAAAUGAUUAUUUUAAUAAAAUAUCAAUAACAUAUCCAAAUCACUGCUAUAUUAUUUGUCUAUCAAAUAAAAAAAUUCAUGUAGUUAAAAAAAAGUUGCGAUCACCAGAAAGUCAAUCUGCGACCACUGAAACUCAAAGUCUUAUUGAUAUGUAAAAUUAUUUGAAUAAAAAUGUUAUAAAUUGGAA